AGCUGGACAUUGGGGAUCAAGCAGCUUACCUUCAGUGACCCUGGUGUCAGCUCCACCCCGGCCCUGGAUCACUCCCACCUGUUUUCCCUUGGUGGGCGGGUCCGCUGCUCUUUAGGACCCAGUGGCUCCUCCACGGAGGCAGACCGCGACUCUGCUUUCAGACUGAGGCAGACAAAGGCGAGGGGAGAGACGGCGUGCCGCUAUCCUGCAGCAUCGACUCGCUCACACACACGCUCUCAUCCACUCCCCCACUCACACACACUCCCUUCACUCCGCAAGCAGCGACGCAGACUCUCCGGAGCUGGUCCCCAUCACCUCACUUCUGUCACCACCACCAUAACUCUCAGUGAUCAUGGAGCUAGACUUUGGACAUUUUGACGAGCGGGACAAGGCGUCGCGUACCCCGCGGGGGGGCCGCAUGAACGGCCUCCCCAGCCCCACCCACAGUGCCCACUGCAGUUUCUACCGCACGCGCACUCUGCAGGCCCUCACCAACGAGAAGAAAGCCAAAAAGGUGCGCUUCUACCGCAACGGGGACAGAUACUUCAAGGGCAUCGUGUACGCCAUCGCCAACGACCGCUUUCGCUCCUUCGACUCCCUCCUGGCUGACCUCACGCGCUCGCUCUCCGACCACAUCAACCUGCCGCAGGGCGUCCGCUUCAUCUUCUCCAUUGAUGGCUCACGCAAGAUCACUUCCUUGGAGGAGCUGGAGGAAGGGGAAAGUUAUGUUUGUGCAUCCGAGAACUUCUACAAGAAAGUCGAUUACACGAAGAACGUCAAUCCAAACUGGUCUGUGAAUGUAAAGGCGUCGGCAAGCCAGAAGAACAUGCAGUCCCUGGCUGCCAAGGCUGCCGGCGAGCCCAGGGAGUGCAAGGACUUUGUGCGACCCAAGCUGGUCACGGUGAUGCGCAGCGGCGUGAAGCCCCGCAAAGCCGUGCGCGUCCUGCUCAACAAGAAAACGGCGCAUUCCUUCGAGCAGGUGCUCACGGACAUCACGGAGGCCAUUAAGCUGGAAAGCGGCGUGGUCAAGAGGAUCUACACGCUCGAUGGCAAGCAGGUAACCUGCCUUCAAGAUUUCUUUGGUGAUGACGAUGUCUUCAUCGCAUGUGGGCCAGAGAAAUUCCGCUAUGCACAGGAUGACUUCUCUCUGGACGAGAAUGGUGAGAUUUCCAAAUGCCGGGUGAUGAAGGGACCCAAACCCCAGCGUGGAGCAAAGAGCCCUGGUCCAAUCAAGCGGUGCAAAUCUCCCGCUGAAUCAACCAACGGGACGGGCUCCAGCAGCCAGCUCUCCACCCCGAUUUCCAAGCAUUCCCCCACCUCCACCCCCACCAGUCCAGGCCUCAACAACAAGCAGAAGGAUCUCUACCUGCCCUUAUCUCUGGAUGAUGAUGAUUCUCUCGGCGAAUCGAUGUAGACUCCCUUCCUUCUGCCGGCUCCCUUAGCCUCUCCUAAAGCAGUCUCCUGCUUUGUUCCUUCAGUCACAGUGCCACCUCUUGAGGAGACCCACUCUUUAUCUCUUUUUAAGGCCUUAGCCACCACGACUAUGACCCCAUUUGCUGCUUGAGAAUGACACAAACUGUUUAUAAAUUCUGUUUGGACCACAGUAAACCAUCUCACUAAUGUUCAGACAUGUUUCUAUGUGGGGUUUUUUUUUUCUAAAUAUGGUGCACAGUUCGCUGAUAGAGAUUUCAUGGUGUGUGUGUGUGUGGUUGGGUGGGUGGCUGGGUGGGGGGGGGGAACACACUUGUUAAACACAUAUUGAUAAAUCCUGCACACAUUUUGAUAUUUCACUCACAGAAUUCCAAGCAGCAAAUGGAUAUUUUUAGGGGCUUCAGCCAGAACUGACUCAACUUUUUUAUCACUUACUGUAUUUGUGAUGUUCCUCCAUGUCCUGCUGUCCUUUCACCCAGUAGUUAAAAUGUGUGAAAGAUUAUGGUUCUUUGUGAGGGAGGUCCACCAAGCCAGAUCAAGUCUUUCUAACCCGCUGUAAAUACUGUGUAUAGCCAUCCACUUAAACAUCUCUGCUCAGUGUCCAUUGCUGUGCUUCCAUAUGUCACUACAAUGUCUAGCAUUUGCUCAUCAUAAUGCAGGGUAUGGUCAAAGUACAAGGAAAACCCAAAAAGAAGCCCUUCCAGUAAGGGUGAGGAUUUGUGGGAGGCAGCAUCUGACUCAGAGGGAUUAUUAGUCAGAGGAUUUGUUGCUUAAAACCACAUGUUAAAUUCUCCUUUUUAUAACUGUCAUAAUCAUGGAGACCUUUCAGUUUAUGUGAUGGAAGUAAUUGGUAUUAAUCUUGUCUAAUCAGAUUCAGAAGAUGAUGUUGAAGCAAAGCAUCCCACAACUCUUUAUGUUGGCGUUUCCUCUGCUUUGACCCUCUACAUAGACAGUAGGCUAUAAGUGGUGAAUACCCUCUGUGUUUUCAUAAACUGCAAUGCAUGAUGUCAAUUAAUUAUAAUGAAACUUUCAUUCAUGUAAAAAGCUGAAUCAAAGGACCUAGCGGUGCAAAAAAAAAAGCAACCAAAGGAAAAACAAGUAGGCCCGUUUUUAUCUUAAUGAAACCAAUUCACAUUUACUAUAAAGUUGUUGUUUUUUAUUGCAACUCCCCUCUACCCCUUAAUGAUGAUUUCACUGCAACUUGUGGUGAUUUCUUUUUUUAAUUUUAUUUUUUUGCAUAGUUGGUGAGAUUAGUUUCUCAAAGCCAAAGGAUGUUUUUGACCAAGAAUGACAUGGAGGGGAAGAAAUUUGUACAUUGUACUAGUUAUGAACAUUCUGGAUGAAGCACACAUGGAGUUUUUAUGCAUGUCACUUUUAAACCGUAAAGCUAAUAUCGAGAUUAAAUCAUCCUCAUCUAAGACAGUUAGUUAUAUCACGGCGAUAAACAGUAGUGGGAUUUCUCCUCUUUUGCAUGGCUUGGCAUAGUUUUUGCGAUAUGGGGGUAAUGAAAACAUCAUUUUUGUCUAAAUCUAUGUGUGGGUUUUACAUUUUUAUAAAGUUUAUUAAUUUAUAUCAAAGGUACUCGUGUAGGAUAUUUUUUUCAAGUUUUGCUCAUGUGAGCUCCAAAUGCUUUUUUUUCUCAAGCUUCUGUGGGCAACUUUGUAUCGCCAUAUUCCUUUUUUCUAUCAUCACGAGUCGCAUCGUGUCUCUAAUGAAUCUACUGAUGGGAGCCUUCUCAGAUUUUUUGCAGGGAAUCGAACCUGAGAAGUCUCUGAAUCUGACACCGAAGCACAUAGUAGGGAGCUGUUUAUUCACCACCGCAACAGACACUUUACUGUCUACUUGCCAGCAUUACAAUGCGUGACCACAAUUAAUUUCCCAAUGUACUGAAACAAUGCUGCACAUGUAGCGUUCCUUAAAUUAAGAUCUAUGCAUUUGGAAUACAAAAUGAUUUAACCACUUUUUAUCCAUAGGAAUGGCCUUUUGAAACCUGAUGGUGUGAUUUAGGAAGGAGCUCAAAUUGAAAGUUCAUGCAGUUAUUCCAUUGUGAUGAAGUGUGGUGUGAAAGUCGUAUGUCUUUAGAAUGAGGCGGUGUGUGUGCCCUUGCUUUGAAUAGCUGUUUCCAGUCAGCCACUCGAUGCUCAAGAUGUACUUUCACAAAUUCUUCGGUGCUGUGAUCCUCAUCUCUCUCCUGCAGAGAGCGCUGUUACACCAGCACAGCAGCUAAUAACCGCAGCCGCAGGGACACUUAACCCACCAUUUUGUACAGAAAAAAAAGCCAUUUUCUCUUUCUGUCAAACAGCCAUAUGUGUAAACCUUACAUACUAACAAUGUUCUUGUUUCCUGGAUUCUCCUACAGCUUAUUACCGCUCUACAGCAUAUAAAACAGAAAAUGUUGAUUGUCUUGUGUAAACCCCUCUGCCAUCAUAUAAAAUGGAUGGUGUGAUUCAUCACCUUUAGUGGUGCCUUUUUUCUUUUUUAGAUUACCGUCUUUUGAUAAGGAGAAGAAAAAGGGUCAUUAAAAGCUUGUUCUUUGUUAACGGCUGUUUGUAAUACAUAUUUUUAUGGCCUGAAUGAGGGGCUCCCCAGCACACGUUGUUUUUAGAGACGCAGGACACUUUCUUCAUGGUGUAAAUUUGCCCCUGUCCUGUCCUCUUUCAUAUGCCUUUCUAAACGAAUGAAUGACAUUUUAUUUCUCUGAAAUUUCCAUUGUCCUUUUUAGUGGAAUUUUUGCAAUUGUCAGUGGCUUGUUUCGGUGCUUCAUUCAAUGUAUUAACCGGUAUCCUUUUGCAAUUAAAACAAUUGUAUUUCAACUCUUGUCUUCAGUUUAUUACAGUGUUAUCUUCUUCAAGCUCCUCCUAAAACCUGAUCUAACAAUGUGUAAAUGUAUGACGAGUAGAAAAGUCUCAAGUUGGUGGAAAGCGUUGAGUAGCUGAAAUAAAAACUU